UACAGAGAGGUUCAUGCUGCCAGGUCCAACACAAAAGAGCAUCCAACAUCUGCCAACGUAACUCUGCUUCCUGUUGGAUAAAGGGGAGGGGAGCAUUCCUAGGAACAACAAAACCAGAAAUGGACUGCCACUUUUCUAUCUGGGGAGUUUUGGCCUUCCUGAGUUUGGCUCUGCUUUUUUCAUUGGCUCUAAAUAUUUCACACUGCAUGAAAAAGAAGCGAGCUAAAAUGCAUAAAGACUACGAAGAGAGCAAUCCAAGCUAUGAUGAAUAUCCCACAGAAGAUUAUCCAGUUUAUGGCAAUCUCAAUCAAGAUAUUUUAGAAGAAUGUUGUUACGAGCAGAUGAAGUCCCAGCCUCAGAGACCAGUUAACCACCUACAGGUGGAGUCUGCCAGUCAGAUGUGUUAUGCCUCACUUGAUCACAGUGUCAAAGGAAAACGAAGAAAACCAARGAGAAAGAAAGAUCCUUCAUUAGAGGAAGAUGAAGAAGAAAGAUCAUCUAACCCCAUGGUGGCUUCCAAAGUUAGCAUUUACCUCAAUAGUGAGCAGCUGGCUGCUGAAAACACGGCAAAAGAAGAAGCCAUUCACGAUGAUCCCAUCCGAUUAUUGGGCUUGAUUCAUAAUGCAAACGGAGAGAACCAAAGAUGAAGUGAACCAAAUAUGUGACCAAAUAUGAYUUCCUUUUUCAUUCUGGAGGAACAAUGAAUGAUUAGAGGCAAUAUCCUGGAAAACUGAUGUACUAAACAGUGGUAUGAAAUAAGUGUUCAGACUGUCUUCCAAGCAUAUUGAUAGACUGAGCAAGACAUAGGUAUAGGUCCAGACUGCUACUCAGAUGGAUCUGCCCUUCUGAAGACAAUUUGAAAGGGUUGCAGAAGCUGGUAUUUAUUCCAGUAAAAAUUGAUCCUGUUUUAAACAAUCAUCAGCUUUCAAGCAGUCCUAAAAGACCUCCAGCACAGUACAAAUAUUCUAUACCAAUGUUAACAGUAYUUUUCAAAUGAGUUUAUGUUUCGUACUUGCACAUUUGGUGAUUAGUUGUUUAACAAUUAAGGACUGAUCUGCUGUUCCACACUGUGAACUUUCCACUGUGACUGAUCUAUGGUAAUGACUGGAGAAUAAUUUAACAGCUGAUUUAAAGUAGCAAUUGUACAUCUCGCAAGACUUAACAGUAUCUUUCUAUAUCUUUAUUCUCCUUUAGAAAUACUAGAAUGCACCUCAAAUCUCAACUCCUCUACKAGUGUAACAUUGUAUCCUGCUGUAUUCAGAGUCCACAAAAAUAUUAUCAACCCAUCUGUAACAAUAAAUCUCCUAGGGAGGAUUUCUUCUUUCUAAUACUCUGUAUUAUGUUUAC